GGCACGAUGUGUAUCUACAUCAAACGUAGAGUGAUUAUUAUUCUCUUUGGAUGUUCACUUGUUGUUGUUGAUUCGAGCUGUUGUGUUACACCAGACGGAAAGUGUUAAUUGGUGAUUCUUCGGUUUUAAAUUAUAAGGUUAAUGUGAUUAGACGACAAGGUUUACAAGUGAUCGAUGUUUGAAUGACAGCUUUUGUUAAUAAGGAGUGCUAUGUAUGUACUUAUUGAUUCGGAAUGAUAUACAAGGACGUUUGUAGCGAAGUAGUGUAGUAUCGUCGAUCGACAUGAACUCGUCUAUUGGGACAGGAUCGAAUUACGAGAAAUGCUCUAAGAUGGUAACUCGGGAGCCGGCAGAGUUUCUGCCCGUGGCAGUGACAACAAAUUGCGUUUACUAUGAUUCACAAGCUGCAAGCUGCGGAGACUCUUCUUCAGAUUCACGUUCGCCAGAGACUACUUCAGCAAAGGCUAGCGAUCGUGCUUCUCGAAUCAUUGCAGAAAAAACUCGUCGCAGCCAGUACAAUGCAUUAAUCCAUCAAAUGAAGUCUCUCUUAACGGACAUUGCGCAUUCCCAACGGAAAGUUGACAAAACUAGUGUUUUGAGACACGCCGUCAACAAACUCCGUAACGAACACGUCUUUGGCGAUACCAUUAAAUGCUGCCAUCUAGAAACAUGGUCCCCUGCAUUUUUAAAGUUUUUUGAUCUCAUAGGAGGUAUCAUGUUUGCUGUCACUUGUCGGGGUCGCAUUUUUAUAGUUUCACCAAAUAUCCAAGAAAAAUUAGGUUAUUGCCAUAUAGAUUUAGUAGGCCAGGAUUUUUACAAAUAUGUUCAUGAGGAAGACAGAGAAACCCUACGUUGUCACAUUUACCCACCUGAACUUCAAACAGGCUGUGAUGAUCAACUUUUUGAACAUCACCAUAACUUUCAUAUUCGUCUGAUGAGAGCAGGAGCAAGGUCUGAUCAUCCCAGAUAUGAAAAAUGUCGUAUUAGUGGUAUGUUAAGAAAGUCUGAUCGAGCUACUGGGAAUGAAGUUCAAGAUGAGCAUGUAGUUAGAAGGCAAAGAGUACGGAAUAAUCGCACAUUUUCCUCCAGUGGAAAUGACUAUGUUUUUAUUGGUAUGAUACGUGUGCUUUCUAGCAACUUGCCAGCUCGAAUCUUGCCACCAACAGCUUAUUCUGAAUAUUGGACGAGACAUUUGAUAGAUGGCCGGAUAGUACAAUGUGAUCAAAGCAUAUCAUUGGCAGCUGGUUACAUGACUGAUGAAGUAACAGGUACUUCAGCUUUUGUUUUUAUGCACAAAGAAGAUGUGCGUUGGGUCAUCUGUGUACUUCGUCAAAUGUAUGAUCAGAGUCGAGAGUUUGGGGAAUCAUAUUACAGGUUAAUAUCUCGUUCUGGUCACUUCAUAUAUAUGAGAACUAAAGGAUAUCUUGAAAUUGAUAAAAAAACUAAAAAAGUUCAAAGUUUUGUCUGUGUUAAUACUGUUAUUGGUGAGGAGUUUGGAAAAAGAAUGAUGGAAGAAAUGAAACGAAAGUACUCAGUUAUCGUAGGAAUGGAUAAACAACAACAAGAAAGAGUGUUGACUUAUGAUGAUGCUCCAGUUGAACAUCCAAAGUGUCUUGAGCGGAUUGUAAUGCAUCUUGUGGAACCUUCCGUAAGUGAAAAUGUAGAUGAACUGAAGUUGGUGCCUCCUUCUAGAGAGAACAUAAUUUCUGCUAUCAAAAGCAGUGAAAAAGUGGUUCAAGAAACUGGUAUACGUUUUGAAUCAAGAAAAAGGAAAAAAAACAAUAUAGAUGACAGCUAUGAGUAUUUAAAAAGGCACAGUGGAUUGUAAAAGUUUUCAUUAUCUUGUUAAUCUGUUGAGUUUGCGAUUUAUGUUCCUAAAUUUUUGAGCCUGUUAGGUAGACACUAUAUAAAUUCGACCAAUGCAAUGGAUCAGUAGCUGAUUUAUAAGUUAACACAAUAAGUUAAACAAAACAUAAGUGGUUAAGAAAAUAGUUGUAAAAAAUAUUGUGUGUAAUCAUGUUUUUUAAUCAGGUAUACAAGUUUCUUGUAUAUCGCCAAUAUUGUUUGUAAUAAUCUCUUUGGAUUACUCUAGACCUGAGAAAUUACAAUAUUUAUACAAAAAUAUUUUAAAUAAAAUACUUUGAGAAAAUUAAUAUCUGGUUGAUAUACUUGAUGUUAGCACAAAUAAAAUCUGAGUAAACUAUAAUAUAGGGUCUGAUGUAAUUACCAAUAUACCAUCAUUGUCAAACCUAUAUUUGUAUGUAAAUUUUUUACCUGUUAAAAAAAAGGAUGAUGUUCCCCAUUUGGUUGUACUGUGUCUAUUACCUCAGAACUUCAUCAAGAAAGUCAGCUACAGCUAAUUUGGAAAUACUUAUAUUGGUAACUGGAAAAAUGUCAUACAAGUAAAUGAAAUUUCAUAUUUGACUUUUAAAUGACUUUAAAUCAAUGUGUGUUACUAUUAAGUUGGUUUCAAUUAUUAUUUUUGUAUUUUAUGACUUACAUUCUCUGACUAUUAUGUUUAGUUCGCUGACCAAAUUUUCGUAAAAAAGAAAAAUAGUAUACUUUUUUUAUACAAUAGAUAUUGGUUUAACACAUAAUGACGCUCUGGAACAUUUUGGCUAUUUAUAAUAAUUAUUGUAAACAUACAACUUAAGAUGUUUUGUUUUAGUGCAAUCAUACUGCAAGUACAAGCGGCCUAAAUGAUGCUGUUAUUUUUAAAAUAAAUAACUCUUCCUUGUAUCCCUAAAAGUUCAUACUUCUAUUAUUAUUUCCCUUUAUGUAAAUUUGAGAAUAUUGAUAAGUUGUUGAAUGAAAAAUUCAAUUGUGAAAAUCAAUUUUAAGGCAAUAAUGAGUCAAGUUAUACUAUUAGCCUAAAUGUGCAUCCUGAAAGAAAGUUUAAUAUUUAAAUCUUCUUUAAAACAGUCCUAAUUAGUUACACAUUGUGAUGAAAAAAAGAUGUAUGUAGAUUACAUUAACUUAAACUACUGGAAUUUUGUUACAUAUUAUGUAUGUUCUUGUGCCAAAUUAAAUAAAUAAAUGCCAAUGUAUAGCGAUAGGAAUCAUAAAAAUAAUGGUCUCAAAAUUCAUUAUUUUAUUCUUGAAAUAUUUUGAAUUGUUCUUGAAAUAUGAAAAAAAAUCUCAUUACCAAAAAAGUGUCUUGAUCACAUUUUUCUAUAUACCUUAAUCUUAGUUGAAUAAUACUUAUAAAUAUCAAUAAUUGUUUCCCUUGUCUAGCAUAAAAAUGGACUGUGUGAAGUCAAAAAACGAAUCAGUUUAUGAACAUCACAACUCUUCCACAUGUUGCUCUAUGUAGAAAAAAUGAUUAGACACUUAACAAAAUGUCUCCUUGAUAUGUGUUUGUCCAUUAUGUAUAUCUGAUUACCGUUUCCUGGUAGGAUGUAAUAGUGAGCCUCGUUGUUGUGUCCAUUUGGGACUUGAAAUAAUCUUACAUUCAUGCGUCUUUUAUUCUUCUUUUGUCUUUACACGUUUUCGAUCUCAUGUCACGUGGGCGGCGACUUUUAUUCCCGUUAAUUUAGCGGGUUCCGGAAACCACUCGUUUGGAUGGGAAAGAAAAAUCUUUUUCUCAUUAAAUAAGGAAAACCUUUCAUAUUUUUACACCGUUAUCUUCCUUAGGGUAACUCGUUCUACAACUUAACAAUUAGCAAUGAAGGAACUCUGUCGAGAAAAUAUCUUCGAAAUUUUUACAAACGAAUUAAAUCCGGGAAACGGCGGUAUUGCACAGACACUGUUGUGAGUACAUUUUUUUAUUGUAACUCACUAGGCUUACUAGUAAUUGUACGUAUUGUCAACUAUA